UUUUUGAGAUGUUGUACAAUUAAGUUACAAACAGUUUUAAAAAUUAAAAUUAAAUAUAAAGCCGAGUCAUCUGGUACUUUAUUUGUGCAGUCAUGUGAUAGUACUUAUGGAUUUCAUAUUCUUCAGCUUUUUGAACUUUCAUCUUGAAUAUGGCUGAAGCUGGCUCAUCAGAACCACAAACACAAGCCGAGGUUCCUGAUGGGCAAAAUGGUGCAGAUAGAACAAACAGAGGUUCUUCCCAAAGUCAUAAUUAUUCCAAAGAUAGGCAAGGUAAUUCCAGCAGCAGCUCAAAAUAUAGAUCCAAGAAGGAUCAACUGGGUAGAAAGGAAGAAGUAAAUGUGUUUGAUAGAAAACCCAAAAGUAAGACUAGACGAAGUAGGCAACAUGCCAAAGAACAAGAAAAGCUUGGAAGUGCAUUUGGGGAAAUGAGGCAAAGUGUUCAUGCUUUGGAAGAGGACUCAAAGAAUGACUUAAAAGCUAGAGAAGUUAUAAAAGGACCUGUUUCUACACAGCAAACAAGUUGGCAUGGAAAAGGGAAUACAAAAUCUCAAGGAAACAACCAGUAUCAAUAUGGAAGAGGCCAGAGAGUAGACCAUUAUUCAAGUUCAAAAUCUCGUUAUGCUAGGAAACGUGUUAAUCAAACAAGUAUUUCAGCAACAUCAUCUCAAGUUCCCAAUCUAAUGGCCAUGGACACGCAAACACCUUUCGAAAGCCAUGGGACUGUUAGUGAUGGUAUUUAUGUGCCAAAAUAUAAACUAGAGAACAGAGCUCAGGGCUCCCAAAGAAAACAAUUUGUGAGUAACGAUGUUGUUCCUAAUGAUGAGUCAUUAGCUUCAACUCAUCAUCGUAAAGGACAUUUACAUUCAUCUCGAGAGAAAUCUGGCUACUCAAAUCACUUAAGAGGACAUGCAAACAAGAAAUCGCCAUCUUGCAUAGGAAAGUUGAGAGCAAAUUUUCAGGUUUUUAAUCUAAAAUCAGGAGGCCAAUCAUCUGUGCAAGCUGGUGUGCUGAUUGAACAACUGACUGAAGAAAAGUAUGAGUGCAUGGUCUGUUGUGAGGUGAUCCGUUGUUCCAAGGGGAUCUGGUCAUGUUCAAACUGCUUCCAUAUAUUUCAUCUUUAUUGCAUUAAACGCUGGGCACGAUCACCUGCAUCUGCAAUUGAAGAUGGAGAAGGAAAGAGUUGCGGCUGGAGAUGUCCCGCUUGCCAAUUCGUGGAACGUAAUGUCCCAAAUGCGUACAGAUGUUUUUGUGGAAAAGUUGAAGAGCCAAAAUGGUAUCCUCAAGAUGGAAUCACGCCUCACAGCUGUGGAGAGCUUUGUUUAAAGAAACGAAUUGCAAAAGAUUGUGCCCACCCAUGUAACCAGUUGUGCCAUCCAGGCCCUUGUCCAAGUUGCCCUGUUAUGAUAACAAAAGACUGCUCCUGUGGAAAAACAACUACCUCAGUACGAUGCGGUAACGCUUCUGAUUUGACAUGCUCGUUGACAUGUGGAAAGACCCUCAACUGUGGGGUUCAUCAUUGUGAGGAGAAAUGCCAUGCAGGUACUUGCGAGCCAUGUGUUGCGUUGCAAGAGCAGAGUUGUUACUGUGGUCAAAAUAAGACUGAAGCUGUCUGUGGCACUAGUUUCCCCACUUACAUUGAUGGUAAAGCUGGAUAUUUUUCAUGCGGUGGUGUUUGUUCCAAAAAGCUUGACUGUGGAAAUCAUCAAUGUGAGAAAAUAUGCCAUGUGGAUAACUGUCCUGGUUGUGAACUUAAACCUGGUGUUGUCGUUUUUUGUCCCUGUGGUAAAAUGAGGACCGCUGAAUUGUUGAAUGGAAAAGAAAGAAUUUCUUGUCUGGAUUCAAUUCCUACGUGUGGAAGCACGUGCGAUCGUUUUCUGCCAUGCGCAAAAUAUAAUGAUUUGACGAAAGGAGUUUCCGAACAUCGCUGUAAAAAGUCAUGUCAUCAUGGUGAUUGUUCUUCAUGUGAUGGCGACUCCAUUGUUAAAUGCCGCUGUCGAGCAACGUCGAAGAAAACGAAAUGUAGUGAAUUGAAUUUAUCAGAUGAGCCGUUCAUGUGUGAAAGAAAAUGUAACAAGAAGUUUGACUGCGGUCGUCACAGAUGUAGUCAAAAAUGUUGUCCGGGCACAGAACACAACUGUACGUUAAUUUGUGGAAAGAAAUUAAAAUGUGGGAAACAUAAAUGUAUGGAACCUUGUCACGCAGGAACCUGUCCACCCUGUUUAAUGGCAGGUUUUGAUGAGGUUUUCUGUCCCUGUGGAGCGACAGUUCAAGAGCCACCCAUCCCGUGUGGUAAACUUCCUCCAGUUUGCCACAGACCUUGUUCCAGAAUGCAUCCGUGUGAACACGAAGUGCAACACAAUUGCCAUUAUGAAGAACAGUGUCCUCCGUGUACUGUGUUGGUUUCUAAAUUGUGCAUGGGUGAACAUAAGCAAAGACACAACAUCCCAUGUCACAUUGAAUCAGUUUCUUGCGGUGAACAAUGUGGAAAACCUCUUCAGUGUGGAAAACACAAUUGCCUCAAAGGAUGCCAUAGGCCGCCAUGUUUGAAGGAAGAUGAGAAUUGUAAGCAGCCUUGUGUUCUAGCGCGACAGAGUUGUGGGCAUCUCUGCGGGGCGCCGUGCCAUGAGGGAGAGUGUCCGAACAUCCCUUGUAAAAGCAAGGUUCGCAUAUUUUGUCCUUGCGGUCGAAAAUCAGAAGAUGGUGUUUGUCUCAAAGGUGGUGACAAAAUGGACGCUGCUAAAGCUUAUCAAAGGUUCACCACAAAGAAUUUGGCUGAAAAGAUUAAGGGUAUGCAAGGAGGACAAUCUGUGGAUAUCAGUGGCCUAAUGAAUUUAGACGAGAGAAAAUCGCAAUUAGACUGCGACAGUGAAUGUGCUCGGCUGCAACGUAACAGGGCACUUGCAGAAGCUCUUGGUAUUUCACGUCCCGAAACUCCAGAAAUCGUCCAAUAUCCUCACUUCUUGGAAGAACAUGGAAGAGCGAACAUGAAGUUUGUUUAUUUGGUUGAGAAUGCCUUAGAUAAUCUAAUCAAGAACGUUGCAAAGGUACAAAGUCAGCAACUGAAUCAUUCAUUUGCACCAAUGAACAACAAGAACAGGCGAUUCAUCCAUGAGCUGGCGACGAUGUACGGUUGCACGUCGAUUAGUUACGACCAGGAACCGGACAGAAAUACGGUCGUUACUGCUAAUAAAGAGUCACGGUGUCCUCGAGUAAAACUGUCAUCACAACUUCAACGUCAAAUGAACCCUCAACCACCUCCGCCCGUACCUGUUUUACCGGAAGAAGGAAUUGGAAAUGUGAGAUUUAUCGAGAGACGGCAGUCGCCAGAAAGGGACGCAGUUGAUUACUUCGCCGAUGACUUCUAGUUUUGUGAGCUAUGAAAGGAAAGUAAAAUUUUGUCGUGGAUUUGGGUGUUUCAAAUAAUAUAUGCAGACUGUUUCAGUAUAUUUUCCGCACGCGCGCGACAAAAAUACCGUAGCUAUUAGCUAUACACUAUAACUUUUUUCAAUUAAGUUGGCUAAACUUAGAUUUGUAACGGCCAUGUUGAGCCUUUAUUACACGCUAGCGACCCCACUUGCGAAUUAAUUGCUGAUAAUUUUGUCCCCUAAUAUAACCCUUAAACAAUUUUUACCGCGUCAUUGAUAUAUAUCUAUAUUAUAAGUAAACCUAUGGUUCUCAUAUGUCGCCGACAGUCGGCGAUGUACUGUUUGUGGCCGGUGACGAAGAAAGUUUAUUCCAAACCACGAUAGGCAUCGCCGACCGUCGGUGACAUUUGAGAACCAGGCUUUAAAUAUCGUCGACAUUGGCUGCGGUAGCGACCCUUUGGACGUGACGUCACAGUGUGAGGACAAAUUAAGUUUGCAAAUAACGUAAAUUUUUUGUAAGAUACAGAAAAAUUAGCCAGCGAAGAAACUUUACCGCGUUAAUUAUUUUUGUCACCUAUGUAACUCUUUAUACCUCUCAGAUAAAAAAUAUUUUAGUAAGCUCAAGGAAGCAUCUAAAAAACCAGGGAGUAUGACGUCAGUGCAACGUCUUCUUAGGGGGUAUUACGUCAGUGCAAUGGGUCUGACAAUACUGGCAACUAUACAUGGCGAAAAAACUAAAUCUAAAUUUGAACGACAGUAAUUUGUUUGGCUACUUCACUAUAUAUAUACAUGUACUGUUGUUCUGUCUUGAACAGUGGCAUAGCUUCACGAUUUAGUGAUUUUAGUCCCAAAUUUUAAGUUAGUAUGAUUAUUCAUUUUUUUGGACGUUGAUUUUCUUCAAUCAAUGAUCACAAAAAUAUCAGCGUAGCGGGUCUUGGACUACGGUCUUGGUCUAAAUCCAUAUAUCAAGCACGAUCACGAAAUACUACUUUCAAAGUUGCAUUUCGUGAUCGUUUGGACUGUAAUGAAAAUGAAAUACUUUUUUCGAUUCGUGAAAAAGGGCACAAUUUCUCUGGAACAUAAAGCCGGGGAGCAUGUGCAUACAAUGCCCUCCCUCUUUUGAGUGUAUAUAGAUAUAUAUCAUCUGUUAUGUAUUUGCAUGUUGUGCAAAUACGUAAUCUUGUACAAUCAAGUUCAAAAGAUAUUGGGAGCUUGUAGGAUAUAACACAGGAUAUGAUAUUUUUUCCUUCCUAUCAUCAUAUUUCUUUCCUCGUAUUAUUAUCAGUUGAACUAUAAUAGUAAAUAGCGCCUGCAUGCAUGCACGGAUCUGUCCAUGUAUGUAGGUACAUAGGCGGUUGGCUUUAACUCGGCAAAAUAAAGCUUCGAUAUUGAUUUAGAUCAAUCAGAUUGUUUUAAAAUUUGGAUAAAAUCAAAACGGGGUUUAUUCCCUUAACUUUCAGAAACGCUGGGGAAGCAUAUAUAGUCUAAACUGACUAGAAAUAAAAGAAUGUGUCUUGGUUUUUGGGCCAGACUAAAUAUUUGAAUUCCUGUUGAAUUCUUCGUCAUCCUCAUCAAUGAUUCAAUGAUCUGAAUAUUGUACGCAAAAAAACAGGCACUUUUAACUAAAUUUUACUACAAAAUAGCAGGCUUUUAAGUAAAUCAGUAGCUAUAUGCUCAGUCUAUGUGAAGCCUGUAAUGUAUUCAUUUUUAUUAGUUAUCUAUAGAUUCUGGGUAUGAAGC